CCUCAGAAGGGGAUAGGGAAAGGAUAGAAGAUGCUCAACAAAAGGAAGAAUGGAAAAAUACCCCAGUGUUAAUGGCAGAAGAGAAGUCAAUGUUGACUGAACAACAACAACAGCAGUUAAACAAAUUCAUUUAUAAUUACAAAGACAGAUUUGCCAAAGAACUACUAGACCUGGGACAUAUAAAGGAUUAUGAACACCAAAUACCAACCACAUGUGAACGACCAAUUAAAAGUAGGCCAUAUCGACAUGACAUGGUGAAAAGAGAAUUCAUACAAGAAGAAACAGAACGGAUGGUGAAAGCAGGGAUG